ACAUAAGCAAUGAAAGUACAUAACACUAGAUGUAACACUAGAUUAUUAAACAUGAUAAUGGAUAAUUUUAGAAAGGAUAUCGUCUGGGAGUGACUUCAGAGCUAUUACGUUUUUUCCCGUCUGUUUAAACAAUCGAAUAAAAAGGGACACGCCAACAAUACAUAAACAUGGUGUCUCUGAUCUGCACCUUACAAAGUCAUCGAGAUGAUGUGAACUGCUGUGCUUUCUCCGGCUCUCUGCUGGCCACCUGCUCCGCGGACAAAAGCGUGUGUGUUUACUCCAGCCGAGACUUCAGCGAGCUGCCCUUCUCCCCGCUGACCGGCCACGGCUACGGGGUCCACUGCUGCUGCUUCAGCGCCUGCGGUCAAUACCUGGCUUCCUGUUCCACCGAUGCCACCACCGUGGUGUGGUCGAUGGACACCGGAGAGAUCGAGGCCAUCCUGGAGCAUCCGGGCCGGAGUCCGGUGAGGGUGUGCGCCUUCUCUCCAGAUUCAUCUUACCUGGUGUCUGGAGGGUCCGAUGGGAGCAUCGCACUGUGGGAUUUUACUUCCAGGACACUGCGCAGGACUGGUGCUGUGACUGACACCAGUAUAGUGGCCUGCUCUUUCACUCCCUGCGGUCAGCUGUUCGUCACCGGCUCCACAUAUGGUGACCUGCGACUGUGGGACCUGGAUAUGAACCCUCUCCAUGCGGAGAAGAACGCCCAUGACCUCGGGGUCUCCUGCUGUCAGUUUGCUCCUCAGAUAAUGAAGGGCACAGAUGGCUGUGUUCAGUUUCAUCUGGCCUCAUGUGGACAGGACAGUCUGUUGAAGAUAUGGAUUGUUUCUCUUUUGUCUGCUGCAGGCAUUAAGAUGCAGCUCGCUCACACUCUGACGGGUCAGUCCGCUCCGGUUCUGUCCUGUGCUUACUCUGCUGAUGGACAGAUGUUGGUGUCAGGAUCGGUGGAUAAGACCGUGACUGUGUAUCAAGCUAACCAAGGCGUCUUACUUUACACACUUAACCAGCAUGACAGGUAUGUGACGGCCUGCGCCUUUUCCCCCACGGCACCUCUCAUCGCCACCGGCUCCAUGGACAAAAGCGUUAAUAUCUGGAAGGUGGAGGAUGGCAGCAGUGCUCAGGGCAAAUCUUUUCCUGAUGAAGCUGCUUCAGUCUCCAGCAAUGAAGGAAAGAAGUCACGUGGACACUCCAGACUGAUGGUGAGCGAGUGGUCUGAGGAAGAUGUGUUGGCAUGGUUACGUGAGGAGGGGCUGGAGGCAGUGAUUGACGUGUUUAAAUCCAAUAACAUCGAUGGAGAGGAGCUGCUCUCUCUCACCAAGGAAACCCUCAGCUCUGAGCUGCACAUUGAGUCUCUGGGCCUGCGGAGUAAAAUCAUGAAGAAGAUCGAGGAUUUGAAGAUGGCACCCGUCUCUAACGGCACCCCCGACGAGUACCUCUGUCCAAUCACACGCGAGAUCAUGAAGGACCCAGUGAUCGCUGCUGAUGGCUACUCAUAUGAACGGGAGGCCAUCGAGAGCUGGAUCAGCACAAAGAGCCGUACCAGUCCUAUGACCAACCUGCCCCUGCAGACCACCCUGCUGACACCCAACCGCACUCUGAAAAUGGCCAUUUUCCGAUGGACCACUUGUCAGUGAGCUCUGAUAAUACUGAUCCUAGAUCAAGUCAGGCGAGUAAGACUUCACUGUGAAUACAUGUAGGUUAAGUGCAAGUACCAGGUUUUUGUAUGCUAUGCUGAUACACAAGCUAACUAAUACAGACAUAAAUAGUCAUUAUAAUGUAGUUCAAACAGCUUUAUCGUAACAUUAUUUUGUGUGAAUUGUAAUCAGAGUACCUAUUAAAAGUUAUUUGAUUCGCUUGGGGUCGUAACAGAGACCUGAUUUUGUCACCACACCAGGUUCAGAUGAGUACUAGAAUUAGCAUUAAGCUAGUAUAACCAUUGUUUAUUUACACAAAAGUCCCUUUCAAGGAAAGUGCGUUUACUCGGCGGCCAUAUUUGCAGUGCCUCUGGGGAGCUAUUUCAGGCAUGCAAAACCAAAUACUAUCUAUUUGAAUAGGGGAAUCCUGAAAUCUCAAAAACUGCUUGGCGAACUCACAAUUACAUAACAUAUUUAAAAUCAGCAACAAAAUCUGACAUAAACUUUCCCAUAAAUGUCAAAUAGCAUUAAAAAACUAAUUUUUCAGGAUAGACUAGGCAAUGAUGGGAGAUUCAUGCCGUCAUCCAUCAGUAAAGUGAUGGUAGUUGUCACGUGCUGAUUGAAGAGUAAGUGGUUUAAAUGAUUCUCCAUCAUAACACAGCAGUGUUGAGUGGCCUUAAACAUCAUAAUAAAUGUUUAUCAUCCCCUUUCUGCGCAGUAGCGCACAGAUUGCUGGCGUAAUUAUAGCACAUAAUCAUGAUUCCUCCUGCGGCCGUUCUGUAUCUCCCAUCAUGACUCAUGUUUGAAUACAGGUGAAAUUCUCCAGCUGAUUUAGUCUUGAUGCUAUUAAUCAUUUAAAGUCUAUAAUGUUGCUUGUAUUAAAUAGUCCACAUACUUAAAAUCAGGUAGGCUAUGGAUUUAUUAGUGGAUACUUGUAACCCGUUCAGUGACUGGAUUUCAUGGCUUUACGAUGUAACCAUAUGUAUAUUACUGUAUAUAAGAGCACUGUUAAGAGACCCAUUUGAUGAUCAUGCAGCAGUAAAAUCAACCUGUUGAACAACA